UUUUUUUAUUUGGCACAGAAAGUGAAUUGAAAGGCUAACACAACAUUCGGAUUGGAGUCGAACAAAAACCACACUUUUGGCCACUUUUCACAUUUGUUUUUGUUUUUGAGUUUUGAGUGAAAUCAACAAUUAAAUCCAACAGAUUUUUGUUUUAACAAAAUAACGAGAAAAGUAUUUUGCAUAAAAAACAACAAACGGAAAACGAAUCCCAAAAAAAAAAAAAAAAUAACGAAGAAAGAUAUAAACCUUAUCCAGGAACUGGAACUGAGCCCACAAAAGGUCGAGACUCAGCACAGCGGAACGGUGGCAUGAAUAGCCAACGAACACCCAACGAUGGCCAGCAUGCAAAUUGAUGCAUUUUAAGUGCAACAACAACUAAACAGAAAAAAAACCAACACGAAACACGAACAGCGGCUAAAAGCAGAUUUUAAGCAAAUUAAUUAAAUUAACAUAAAACACACACACACACACACACACACACACACUCAAAAAAACACAUGGAAAUCGGAACCAAAAACAAUUAGCGGCCAAAACAAAAAUGGAAGUUGCCACAGAAGUAAAGCAGCACAUGAAUGAAAACGAAAUAGCAGCAACUGCAACAGCAACUGUAGAAAGAGACGGAGAAGAGGAAGAAGAUGGAGCAAGAGCAAUGGCAACCACAGAGGAGACUGCAAUUGCGAUUGUGACGUCAUUAAGCAACCAAGAGACUGAUAAAAUGGCCAUCAACGAUACAACUAAUAAAGCAAGCACCACAUCGAACAUGAACAUGAACACGAAUACACUCAGAUUGCAGGAGGAUUUCGCAUUUCUGAUGCCAGCUGCUGCUGCUGCUACUGCCGCUGUGGCAGCAACACAACGCAACACCAAAUCGGGCCACAAUGCCACCAAAUCGGCCAGCAACAGUCGCAGCAGCUCACUGCGGAAACAGCGACGCAAUGCUGGCAACCUUCAAGCAGAAUCUGGUGCUGGUUGUGCUGGUGGUGGUGCUGGUGGUGCCGGUGUGGUGCAAAAGGAUAUGAAAAUAUCGCAAUCGAUGACAUCGCUGCCAGCCGAUGAGCUGCAACAGGAGCGACGUGACGUCAUCCAGGCCAAACUGCAUCUGGAGCGACCCUACAACAGCCUCAAGAAAAACUCACCGAGCAGCGCGAGCAGCAAGUGCUCCAGCAACAACAACAAAAUGCACCGCUAUUCGUGGGGCAGCGGCCACAGUCACAGCAGCUCCACCAGUCUGCACAGCAGCGCCACCCUUGGGCUGGGCUCGUCGGGCAAAGAUGACUUUUGGGCGGCCAUACAAACGAACUAUAAUUACAUCAUGGACACGAACCUGCUCGAUACGUGCAAGGAGGCGCGGUUUGAAAUUGAGGAGGCACAGCCAACGUCACGCGAGUACAAAUUUACGGGCAGCCAGCUUCAUAUAUUGGAUGAUAAUCAGCGACAGGAGGGUCUGUGCGAAGAUCCCAAGGAGUUGCGACGCUGGCUGCGCGACAUGGAAAGCAAACUAGAGAGUUCACCAACCAUUUCGGAAUUGACGCUCUAUUCGAAUGCAGAAUUACAGCGCCAUCUAGCAGUACACUCGGUGUUGUACCAUGAAAUUGUAUCACACGCUCGAGUUGUAAGCGCUUGCAUUCGUGCCGCCUCCGAGAGGGAACAGACGCAGUCGCAGUCGCAGUCGCAGCUGCAGUCGCAGUCACAGUCACAAUUGCAAUUGCAGUCACAGCAACCUGCAUCCCUCACCAGCAAUUGUUCCAGUGAGUCGACAAGCGAAUCGGUGACCAAAUCCCACAGUCUCAGCAGCGGUUUUGCCUCUGAUGUUGCCCAAUUGACCACGCCCAUUGCAGCGACAACAACAACAACAGCAGCAGCAGCAGCGCCCACUGGCACUGGACUCGGCACAGCACAUCCCAAGAAGGUUGAAGCCAAUUUGGAAAGAUUGCGAGAUCGUUAUCAUCUGCUCUAUCUGAAGGCCUUUGAGCUACAGCUCUGCCUGGACAAUUUACUGCGCAAACGCAGCUCAACAGCGAACGGCUUGGAUGACGACGACGACACCGAAGACGAUUCAUUUGGCUACGAGGGCGAAGGGGACGAGGCAGACGGCGACGCUGCCACCGAGGACGAUCUAAACGAAGUCGCCUCCGAUUUGGAUCUAGAGUGCGAGAGUCGCAAUUCAACGGAACUGUUGUUGUUGCAACGUUGCCAACUGGCUGCCACCGAGAUUGUCUCCGCCAACGUUUCUGCCGAGGAUCAGUCACGCGAUUGUAUCGCAACCCAAAAGCCUGGCGACGAGGCUGACGAGGAGCCAGAAGAGGAAGACGACGACGACGCUGACGUUGUUGAUUUUGUGAUUGCCAAACGCGCUUGGCGGCCAUCGAAAUCGAUUCCAAAUUGCCACUCGUUGGGUGCAGCAGCAGCAGCAGCAGCAGCUGCAACACUCACCGAUUUCGAGGCAGAUUCGGAGAGCAGCGAUCUGGAGCAGGUGCAGCAGCUGAGACGCGGCGUCGGCGGUGUUGGCAUCAUUUGUGGCAAUCAGCGGCGUGUUGUGUUGCCCAUUGUUGCAAGCCACCAGCACCAGUACCAGCACCACAACAACUAUCAGCACCACAGUGCAGUGGGUCAUGUGGACAUGAUGUCGCAUGCCACCAGCAGCAGCAAUUCCCAUCCGAAUCUGACAAAUUUGUCGCUGUUGCAGCAGACGCGCAACAACAAAAUGUUGCCGCCACAGUGCCACAAUGGUGGCAAUAGUGGCAAGCCGAAGAAUAUUGCCGUUGCCGUCAUUACACCCAACACGCAUAAUCACAAUCACAAUCACAAUCAUCAUAAUAUGCAUCACGGUCACGGUCACGGUCUCGGUCACGAGUUGAACAAGUCGCCAACGGUGCUGCGGAAAGCGGGAAUCGGUCAUCAUCGUAGUCAUCAUCACAAUGACACCUCCAAGUUCAAUCGUUCCAAUCGCAAGUCCAAGAACUGCGCCAUCUUCUACUUCAAGCAUUUGGACACGGACAAUGAGACGAGCGGUGCUGGGACCGAUGGCACAGCUGGUGAGGGGGACAAUGAAGCCGCCGUUCAACGUUCCAGCGAUGUUAUACUGAAAUCGGCCGAUGCCUCGACGGAUGACGACGACGAAGGUUGGCUCUACACAGCAACAGCUACAGCUACAGCAACAACGACGAUUGCAGAAACAACAACAGCAACAUCAGUUGAUGGUCUGCAGUCGACUGCAAUCUCAUCGACAACGUCUGGCGCCGCAGCUGGAGUCGGAGUUGGCUCUUCUACAGGCUGCGACGACUCUGAUAAGGAGAACAAGGAGACGCUGGUGACCACAUCGACCACAACAACAACAGCAGCAACAGCAAUCGCAACCAGUGUUGCUGUUGGGAGUGGCAGCAGCAACUACGACAGCAGCAGCGCCUGUUCGUCGUCCAAUUCGAACGGGGUACAAACAGAGACCUCGGCAACCUCGCGAGUAACCCAAAUCGUUGUCGUCGACAACAUGGACACCAGCAACAGCAAUCACAACAACAACAACAACAACUGCAGCACAAGACACAUCAUUAGCAACAAUUGCUACAAUGGUGACAACAACAGCAACAGCCACAGUCAGCAGCAUCAACUGAAUGCCAGCCAUCAGCAACAGUCGCGCUUUGACUCUAAACUGCAACAGCAACAGCUGAAAAUGGUCGCAAAUCUGGAGAACCCUGAUGAGACAAUUGUUGCUGACAAUGCAAAUGGAAAUGGAAAUGCAGCACAGCUGCUGUCAAUGUGCAACAACAACAACAACAAUAACAGUCGCUUCUACAGUCGCGCUGAUAUUUGCAACAUCAGCGUCUGGCCCAGCGAGAUGAGCAACUGCAGCAAUGGCAAUCCAAUUGGACAUCCGCCACACAAUGGAAAUCGUUUGCCGCCACGUUCCCCGGCCAAAUCUGCCAAGUCGCACAAAUCGCAGGCGAGCAGCAGCAAUGCAACAAUGUCGCCAGCUAAGGGCAAGGUCUCGCAUGAUUCAAUCAAGCAGCUUGUGCUCGAAGCUGAGCAUUUGGUGCGCGACGCUCAGGAGGCCGCAUUGAAGACGCCAACGAAGCAGAAUCAUUCCAUCAUCAAGAUAUCGUCCACGGUCAAGAAGCGCGAACCCAACACCAUGCCCAGUCCCAUCAAGCAGCGUGUCGAGGAGUGGUUGGAGCAUCAGCCACCACGACUGGUGUUCACAGGAGCCAGUCUCGAGCUGCCAUCCGUUAAGCCCGAUGAUUGUGAGGCCUCCGGCGAGGCAUCCGAAACGGAUUCGAUGCCACAGCCGGGCGUCGUUUGCGGUGGCUCCGAGUCAUCGGAGGGAUUCACAGACUCGAUUGCGACCUGCAUGCAGACGAGCACCAAUUCGUAUGGGAAUUCAACGGAACGCAUUGGCGGCUCGGCCGAACCCAUUGGACAGCAUCCGACCACACCGCUGGGCUACGGCAGCAGCAAUCAGAGCCUGAAUCUGAAGAUUGUCAAACGUCAGCAGACGCGUCGCAAAUCGGAGCGUCCCUGGAGCGUCUCCUGUCUGUCACAGUUGACCACAGAUGCUGCCCAUCAGAUGACCACAACCAUUGCAGAUGCUGGUCAGAGUUCGCCGCCUGGUUUGGCCAGCCACUCGAUCAGUGAGAGUGCCCUCGAUUCCCUCUCGCCCGGACCGAGGGCACGUGCUGCCUCCUCCUCUGGCACGGGCAGCAAUACGGCACGCAAGGCAGACAGCAAGGGAUCGUUGCGCAGGCGGCGAGCGCGCAAGAAGCGCAUGUCUGCCACCUCGGGGGGCAAGAAGUCCGAUUCCGGUUCGGAGGCGCCUGGUGAUCUCACCCAGACGCUGAUGAAGUCCUGCGAAUCGAUGUCCUCGCAGCAGCUGCAGGACUUUACCAAGGCGCUGCUUAGCAUACAGAAGGGCGGCGCAACGCCCAAAAAGGAUGAAACCAGCAGCAACAACCCAGCGGAGGGCGGAGAAUCGGAGUCGCAGCUAAUGGUGCCCAAGUUCCGAGUGGGCUCCUUCACCACCGCCGCCUUGAUGGCCAGCGAUAUACGCUUGGGCGCCUUGGCAGCUCUGUCCAACUACGGGCACGAGGAUGUGCAGCAAGCAGAGCUGAGCACUGAGGAUCAUCACAGCAGCAUCUCGGAGUCUGCUUGGGACAACUAUCAAGAGAAAUACAAUUCGGAGAACUAUUCGGAGGGCUUCGAUUCGGAUGCAGCGCGUCGUCUCUUGGAAUUUGGCGAUGACUAUCGCAAUUUCAUCGAUUCGCAGUCCGAUUGCUGCAGUUCUCUGUCGGCGGCCAACAAUUUGGAUUCGUUGUCGCCACCGCGCAUGGAUUCGCUGCAGCAGCACGAGCAGAAGGCACUGCACAUCACCCAGGAGACGAUCAGCAGCAGCGUGGAUCACGGUCGUCGCCAGCGCGCCUUGGAGCUGCAGUACGAGCGACGUCGCAAGACGAUGGAAGUGCGACGCAAAUCCCUACAGGAUAUGGCUGAGGCCAUUGGCACACAGAAGGAACUGCAGCAGGAGCAGCAGGUGACCGCCUUAAAUCUAAAUCUAUCCUCAUCGGCCACAGCGCUAAUGACGCCCAAGAAUCCGACGGGUGCCCAACAAUUGCCCAUCCGAAAUGAUUCGGUGGGACGCAAACUGGAAUUUGGUGCCGGGAUGAGCCACUCGGCGCAGUCGCUGCUGCGUCGCACCUCGGAGAGCGACACUUCGACGCGUCGCCGGCGCACUGUCACAGCGGAUGAGCGAAGACGCUCCUCGCGCAAUCUGGAAAAGUGCAUCAAACUGAUACCGGCCACCUCCUCUUCGAGCGGCGAUGACUCCGAGGAUGGGGAGCAGGAGAUGCGCUCACUGCUCCAACAAAGUCGCGACCGUCUCGAGGAUACGCGUGCCUUGAAGAUACGCUGUCAUCUGCUCAGACCGGAGGACUAUAACGAGAUAAUUAAUACUUGCCGUGACAAUAUCCGCUGCCUGGAGGCGGUGCUGAGGGGUCCGCCUGGCACGGUGCUCUCGAGCCACUGCGCCGGCCAGACAAAAGAUCUAUUGGUCGCUUGGGAGGAUCUGCUUAACUGGAGCGAGAAUGCAGCGAGUGCACGCAAGCUGCAGCAGGAGAUGAGUGCGCUGAAGCACAGUCUGCGCCGCCUGGGCGAUAAAUCAACACCCGAACUGCUGCUCGACACGGAGCCGGCCAUUCAGAUUGCCGUCGAGGCCCUGAAGCAAGAGCAAAGCCAACUGGGCAGCUAUCGCACCAAUAUGCUACGCUUGAAUGCCUCGGUGCACAGCUGGCUGACGCGUCAGGAGCGACGCCUGCAACAGGAGCAGGCAAAUCAGCAACUAUUGCUGCAACAGCAGCAACAGCAACAAGAGUCCGAACAACAACAACAACAAAUGAACAACAAAAAGGAGCUGGAACAGCAGCCAAACGAGUCGAGUGGAGUUGUGGCCAUCACUGUGACCGACAGCAAUGGCAACCAGGUGGUGGAAGCCUCCACCGGCACCUGCUGCGACGUGAACAGCCUGCUCAGCGCCGAACAGGAGUUCCACAAGCAUCUCAAGGAUGAGGUCAGCGACAUGUACAGCGCCUGGGAUGAGGCAGAUGUCAGAGUCAACUCGCAACUGGAGACGCUGACAAACUCGUUGAUUGCCUGGCGUCAGCUCGAGUGUGGACUGAGUGAGUUCCAGCUGGCACUUGGCCAGGAUCGUGGCACACUCAAGGGAUUGGAGGGCGCUCUCGACAAGGGACAAGCGACGCCCGUUGAGCUGGCACAGAAUGUGAAAUUAGUUGCCAAGCUGCUCUCCGAGAAGGUUAACGUUAGCCAGGAGCAGCUGCUCGCCGUGCAGCAGCAUCUGGAUCCCAAUCACAUCUAUCACAUUGCCAAAUUGACGGCCUCCAAUGGUUCUCUAUCCGAUUCGGGCAUCUCUGAUGGCGGCGCCACCUCCGAUGGUGGUCUAUCCGAGCGUGAGCGACGCCUGGGCGUUCUGCGUCGUCUGGCCAAGCAGCUGGAGUUGGCUCUGGCUCCUGGCAGUGCCGCCAUGCGCUCCAUAGCGGAUCGCAUGGAGAGCGCCGAGUUGGAACUGAAGCAGCUGCAAAACACAUGCCGCGAUUUAAUUGUGCGCACGGCGGCCUCACAUCAACAGAAGCAGCAGCAGCAGAAGGAUCAGGCAGAGCAGCAGCAUAACAAGGAGGAGGCAAAGGAUCAGCAGGGACAGCAGCUGGCCAAUGGACAUGUGAAGCAGCCAAACCAAUCCCAAUCGCCCAACAAACGUCGAAACGGGCGCAAAUCGCGUCAACAACAACAGCAGCAACAACAAUUGUUGCCGGAACAGCAGCAACAAUUGGUGGUGGAGCAUAUGCAACGCAUUGUUGCCGCUGGUGGCGAUGAGCCGCCAGAAGAUCCAGCAGCCACUGUUGGCACCCUCGACAGCUCAGAUGAGGACGAGGAUGCGGCCAAGUCAAAGAAUCGCGGCUGGGCCUGGAGAAUUGCGCGUGCAGCGGUCCCAAUGCAGUUGGCUUUAUUUACCUUCUUCUGUGCGGCAUGCAUGAUGCAGCCGAAUUGCUGUGACAAUCUGAACAAUCUGUCCAUGAGUUUUACGCCCCAGUUGCGCUAUAUACGCGGACCGCCUCCGAUUUGAGCGGCACGACAGCGGCGCGUUUUCCAUGCGACUAAUAUCGUUUGAAAGAAUUAAUGAUCGCUGGAGAAACGCGCGCGUUUUUAAGUAGGCAACAAAUAAUUUACGAGUAUCGUUAAGCAAUCUAACAGCCAGUUAGAUUCCAGCGGGCCGGGCCACAAGCAGCCCGACUGCAGAAUGUCGACCUCCAAUGUAAAACCCCAGCAGCGAGGCGACUCCGACGCGUUUUACGCGCGACAUGUGCGCGUUUCGCACGCGCGCCUUGCGUUUUGUGCGCGAUUUUUUUCGUCUUUUUUUUAUGAAACCGGAGGCACUUAAAACAAGAAAUGGAAUAUGCAACACAAGGUUAUAUAUACUUAAGAUAUACUUUAGAUUUUGAUUUGAUUGAUGGAUUUGUCUUAAGAGAUUUAGUUGCGAUUCGCGAAAACAUUUUUUUUACCGAGAAGCGUUUAAAAUUAAGUGCAAAAACACACAAGUUUAAGCUCAACUUUAGCAAGUAGAGAGAAAUGGGUGAGAAACGAGCAAAGAAAGUGGCAACAAAUGAAAUUGAUGCAGCCAAACAUAAUCAGAAUGAUCCCGCAGAGAUCACAGAGUGGAAAUGAAAUGAAAUCUUCGCAAUGUACUUAGAAGAGACUAAUUGGAGAUUGGAGAAAGGCAACCACGCCCCCUCCACCACCGCCCCGCCCACAUAUCGAGCAUCGCUUAUAAGGCAUGACAAACUCCAGUUAUUAGACUAUAUAUAUAUAUACAUAUAUGAAAUGUGUGUGUUUCGUUGCGAUUUUUGUACAACUUUUCUGUUUAAAAAACACGACAAGUGCCUGCAAAAGACCCUCAAAUGGGCACCCAGCGGAAAUGAGAAAUGAGAAAGAGAGAAAGAGAAAAUGAGGGGCUGCAGAAUGCAUAUAUCGAGCAAGGCUAAAUAGCAAAAAGAGAAGCUAGGCCAGAACUUCUUAGAGGCGCCCCCAAAGGCCCAAAAUGCAACGAACUACUUUUUGUCGGUUCUGGCAACAAAAACCGUUUGAGAAUUAAAGUUUCUAUUUUUAUACGCAAUGCAAAUUUACAUAGAGAACGAGAGGCAUCGGAAACACUUUUUGUCCACCUAACGCUCUAUUUAAUCAGUUUUACGUCUAUUAUAUUAAUAGGAUAAAUACAAAAUCUACAACAAAAGCAAGCAAAAAAAAUAUAUAUCUAUACUUAUAGAGGAGCAGAGAUCAUUUAAUGUGUUUAGAACCUUAAGUUGCUGGCAAACUGUCUACGCAACAGCUAAACUAAACUAUGUUUAGAUUGUACUACUUAAUUUGGCAAAAAUUACUACUAAAUUAUAAUUCUACUUAUAAGUUUCUCGUAUACCUUGUGAGUUUUUCAAAUUUCAAUUGCAGAACAUA